CGCGGCAUGUCAGAAAAACAAAAAUUAUGGUUAGGAAAUCUCCAAAACCGUAAUAUUGCGUGAUGUUCAGCGUCAUUUUUCUGAUUUCAAUUGCUAUAUAAAUGUUCGGUGAAAAUGAAUCUCCCGCGAAUACUAAAAAUAAAAUGUAUUGUAUUCCUGUCGAUAUAUUUGCUCGCCCAAGUUGUCGUUUGUGAUUCAACUGACAGGAAAAAGAGAGAUAAUGAAACUCACCCGCCGGUUAAAAGUGAUAAAAGUUCAUCAAAUGAUGGUGCUAUACAUCCUACAUCAAACAAAAAUCCACCGGCGGAGUUGCCGGCUACUGACAAAACUCCAGUGGAGAAAAAGUCAAAUUCCAAAAUAUUAACCUCAAAUACUACUGGAACGAAACCGGCGAACGGUAUCGUUCAAAACACCUCUGAGACAGGGGAUACAACAGUGAAUGGAGGCCAUUUAACCACGCUAAAUUCCGGAGCUCUCAAACGAGGUUUCUACGUUCUAAUUGGUCUCAGUGUGUUCGUCAUUGCUUACUUUGUUUUUCGCAGUUUUAGGGUAACUAAAACCCGUGCUCAAAUGAUUCGAAAGUACGGAAUCCUGGCGCACAGGCAAGAUGUGGAAAUGCGACCCCUUCCUCUCGACGAAGAUGACGAAGACGAUACGACAGUUUUCGACGUGAGCAAUAUGUCUGCACACAAUACACUGCAAACAAGACCGUAAAGUAGUGUGUUUUGUACAUUAUUUUUCUUGUGAUUAAAGCAAAGUUAUAACUCGCUUAGUUCUAACAAAGAAACUUUAUCAUGGCAUUCUGAAUCCUGGCAUAAAGAGUUGAGACUGAAUUUACGCUAAGAAACUUUGGGGCUAAAAUUUAAUGUAGGUAGGAAGGAAAGCCUAGCUUCUGCAUUUUGUAAUCGAGGAUCUUUUUUAAACAGUUGAUAGUAAUUUAAACAAAGAUAUUAUACAUAGAUGCAAUCCUUACCGCAUCUAUUUAUAGUGAUCUUCGAUUUAAGCUUUAAGGUCUCAUCCUAUAUGAUUGUCAAUGGCGGGACAAUCGAUCAGUGUAACAUAUUCGAUAAUAAGCUUCAAGUAUGUCUAAGUUAUGCAGCUAAAUGAUAAGAUUGAUAAGAUCUAACGCAAACUUUAACUGUACAGUGUUCUUUCCGUCUACUUGUGAUAUGCGAAUGUCUCGUGAGCGUUAACUCUUUUAUAAAAACAACUGCUUAACGAAUUGAAAAUUAUAUUCUUUCACUCGCGCAAACUAUAUUUUCAGUAUAAUCUGAUGUUACUAUUGAACUCGAGAAUAAUAGACAGUCUAUAUUUUAUUUAAUACUAAUUAUAUUUUAUUUAACGAGAAUUUAAUAAAGAUUCUAUAUGUA